UACACAGUUGACAUGGAUGUAUACCCUUAUUCCCUGGUUGUGGAAACGAACAGGGAUUUAAAUAAAAAGCAGCAGAGAGAUCUGCAAUAUUACUUCUCCCUACGCAGAAAGUCCCAGGGAGGAGAGUGUGAUCUGUCUUCAAUCUCCUCCAAGCUAUUUCGAGUAAGCUUCAGGGACAAGGAAGCUUGGAACAGAGUCCUAAAUUACAAAGAACAUGAACUGGAGUCUGAUGGGGAAUUAAUUUCACUGAUUAUUCAAAGAGAAGAGAACACAGAAGAGAUAAAUAUGGAAUAUCCUGUCUCAAAUCAAACUUCUGGCGAUGGUCUUGAAGACUCAAGAACUGACAAGUCAACUUCCAUCCCCUUAGAUAGUAAUUCCAUUUAUCUGGUAAAAAGAGAUGCUAUUAAAGAUUUGUUGAGUAGGGAUUUCCAAGCUCUGCGUUUCCACAUUGGCCUAAGGGAGCUGACCUUGACUGGGUGCCCAAAAGAUUUGCAAAUUGCUCGUCAAAAACUUAAGAACAUCACUGAUUCAGUAGUUUCCAGGUCUGUUGAUUUGCCAAGAAAUGUUCAAAUAUUCCUUAAUGAUUUGGAUAAGAAAGCUCUUUCUGAAAAACUAUUUGAAAAGACAUCAGAAGGCUAUAUUAUUUUAGAUUCCUCACGAGGUCUGCAUUUGUAUGCACCUUCGAUUGCGCUGCUUAACCAAGCAUGGAAUGUAUUAAGGUGUGCUUUUCUAGAAAAGAAGAUUUCAAUUAAAAAAGAGGAAAGGAUGGUCACUUCUUCAGACACGUGGAUAAGUCUUUUGGAGGAUAUCAAAACCAACCAAGGUCUUGCACUUCAUUCUAAUGAAACUGAAGAUGGCAGUUUGAUUUUGUAUGUUCUGGGCCUCAGAGAAGAAGUGGAGACAAUGAAUAAAUUACUUAAAGAUCACCUAAACCAGCAGCGUACAGUUCAAAUAGAUUUUAACUUGGAGAAUCGAGUAUUUGUUGAACACUUGCAUGAGUUAAUUGAUUUCUUCAGUCUGGGGGCAAUAGAGGCAGAUGUUCAAAUCCUUCCCUCCUCAGGUUCCAGUGUAACACUGACCGGACCAAAAAAUGCAGUAGAAAAGUCAAUAGAAGUGCUCAGCAAUGCAAAGCAAAAGAUUUUUCACCAGCCUCUUUGCAUUCCGAAAUAUGGAGCAACAUAUUUUUUUAAGACCCAAGGAAAGGAAAUAUUGGAGAAUCUAUGUAAUAAUCAAAAAUGUAAGGUCUUUAUUUGUGAAACUGAGAAAGAAUGCAAAAAAAGCGGAGAUGACCUUGGGAGCAUGCAUAAUGCCACCAUAACGAAGGAAAAUAUUUCGAGCCAGAAGGUGGAAAACAUUCAAAAAGAGGAAUUUAUUGCGAUUCCCCAAACCUCAGGAAAUGAAGUAGUUGGGAGUAAGGAAAGCAAACAACCCAUGGUUCAAAUUGUUCUAAGUUUUGGAAAUCUUGAAGAGCAAAAGGCAAAUGUAAUAGGUGCUCCACUUCUUGCUGCCAAUCCUGUUUUAAUGUCUUUGAGUGUCACCAAAAGUCUGGAAAGUAAGGCAGGAUCCAAGUUUUCCAGACUUUUUAGUGCACUCCUCAAUGGCCGGUCCCGCUUGCCACCAGGAAGUCUUUUAGAAAUGCCUCUGACCAAGAAUACUCAUUUCCUGAACUGUGAUACAGUGAUCUUCAUGGUGUGUAGACCUUGGGAUGGACCCGAUGGAUCUGCAACAACGAUGCUGAGAAAGGCAAUCUCAGAUUUCCUUCAAAAAAGCAGCAAACAAAAGCUGAGUGUGGUGGCAAUGGCAGCUAUAGGUCCUGGCAAGACCUUGCAGUUUCCUAAUCAGACUGCAGCCAAAAUCUUUGGGGAGGAAUUAAAAGCCUUUAUGGCAAGUGAACCCAAUACCAGUUUAAAGAAAAUUAAUUUGGUGUUCCAGGAAAAAAAUUAUAUUUUCUUCCACACCUAUAAGGACACCCUAUUGCACAUGGAUUUGGGGGAUCGAGUUGUUGUCUGUGAUGAAAAUGGAGGAGCUUUUCACAAAUCAGCACUUGGAGAACACAUUGAUAUGACAGUAGGAAAUCUGUUUGUGUCUGUAGUCUAUGGAAAUAUUGCUGAAGAGGAGACUGAUAUUAUCUUGAAUUUAACCAACUUCACAGAGUGGAAAGCAGGAAGUGUUGCUCAUGCUAUAUUCACAGCUGCUGGACCUGAGAUCAUUGAAAAAGUUCAACAGGAGCGUAGACAAUCAUUUGCGAUAACGGUGUCAGGAAAUCUGAAAAGUAAAUAUAUCAUUAGCACGAACUGCGAGAGGAACAUUGCAAAAAUCAACGAAGUAGUUAGACAGACAUUAAUGAAAUGUGAGGAGAUGGGCCUAUGUUCUGUGUCAAUGCCAGCUAUCGGAACAGGAGAGUGCAUGUUCAAUGCACAGCAGGUAGCACAAUCCAUGGCAGACAGCAUAUCUUCAGUUGCCCGUAAUUCUAAGUUAUCCAGCCUUUCCUGUGUGCGUCUAGUUAUGAUUGAACCAUAUCUCUACAGCAUCUUUUGCACUGAGUUUAAGCAACGUUUUACAACAGAAAAGCAAUCUUUCUGGAAUCCAUUGAAGUUACUCGCUAAUCGUCUAAAACGCAGACAAGCCCAAGCCACUAAAGACAUAAAGGAUAGUGGGAGCCCAAUCACAAUGCCUCAACAUUCUGUGGAUCUACUGGACAUUGUAGGACGAGACAAAGACACUGUGGACAACGUAAAACUUAUUUUGAAAUUAGAAUUUGAUAAUCAGUACCAAGAAGAGAUAAUAGUGGAAUCACAGGUUCAAAGCUUUACAAAGAUGGAAGUUCAAAGUAUCUUUUCUGUUUUGAAAGAGAUGCCUGAAGUCCAAAUGAUACUAAACCAAAUGGAAGGAUAUAUUCAAAUUAACGGAUGUCAGAUGAAUGUAAUGAAGGCAUCGGCUCAAGUUCAAGAAAAACUCAGAGCUAUUCUUAGUACCAGGUUGGAAGAAGCAAAGAGAGAUCAAUCUCUGAUGCACUGGGUUUACAUCAAUGGAGACUUAACGGUCCCUUUUGAAGAAGAACCCAGUGAACAACUAGAAAAAAUGUUUUUGUCUGGCUCCAAAGCUGUGGUGACAGUUGCUCUUGAAGAUGGAACAGAAGUUACUGUAAACCUCAAGACAAUGAAGGCAGCUAUACCGAAUAUUGGGCAGGAGGUCACUGUUGAGAGGAGGGACUUAGCAGCAGAAUCUGAUUUUCCUGCCCACUGGGAUGACAUGACGGUACAUUUCCUAAUGAUGGUGCCACUAGAUCAUAUGUCAGUAGAAUACCGUGAAGUUUUGACUAAUUUCACUAAAACAGUCCAAAAUUGUGAUGUUGUGAAGAUUGAGAGAAUCCAAAACCGUUACCAGUACUCAGCAUAUAUGAUGAGAAAGAACUACAUAAAAGAGAAGAAUGGCGCUGCCAAUGUAAAUGAACGCACCUUAUACCAUGGCACUGCAUUCAAAAACUGUGACGCAAUUAAUUACGGUGCCUUCAGUCGAAGUUUUGCAGGAGAACAUGCUUCUGCCUAUGGGAAUGGAGUCUAUUUUGCAGUGGAUGCCAGCUACUCUGCUGGGUUAACAUACUCUCCUCAAGAUCCAGAGACCCAACUGCGAUACAUAUACCAAGUGAAAGUGUUGGCUGGACACCACACAAAAGGAAGGAGAGGCAUGAAGGCUCCUCCCUGCAAGUCCCCAAGUGACCCAUUUGAUCUCUAUGACAGCUUAACAGACAACAACGAUGACCCAACCAUGUUUGUGGUGUUUCAUGAUGAUCAGGUUUAUCCUGAGUAUCUUAUUUCCUUCAAAAAUAAGUAAAUUACUGAUAAAUAACUACUUUUUAGCAAAUUAGAUAUGUUACUGAUAUACAGUAUGUUACAGAUGUGGUACAGCAUGGUGAUAAUUGUAACUGCGGGGUUAGUACAGUAUCAAUCUAUCUAUCAUAUUCUAGUAAAAAAUUACUUUAUUUGAUGGAGAUUAUCAACAUUUUUUUCGGUCCUAUUCUUGUACCUUUAUUGUGACAAAAAAAACAAACAAACACAUGAAAGAGACAGAUAUAUGUCACACCAACAAUAGAUGGGAAGUGACAUCACUAUAUCACAACCCAUCCAUUUUUUGUAACACUUAACAUGCCAAUGUUGUCAAACAUUUAGUCAAGACGGUUCAGACAGCAUCAAUUCACCAAUAUCAAAAUGUUUUUCAUUGUAAAAACAAUAAAUCAUCAUAAAAAUUGUUUAGUAUGCUAUAGAAUGCUAUGUCUA